AUGAAGCCUUCUCACUUUCAUCUUGUAAAACGAAAAUGGGAGAGUGCAGUUAAGAUUAACCCAAAGGUUAGGUUAAUUAUAGUGAGAGUGACGGAUGGAAGGUUUCUAAUAAGUAGCAGUAGAAAAAGAAAACAAAAAACAUUGGAAAAUAGAAAAGGAAUGGCGAAUUGUUUAUGCAGCCGUCAACAAUUACAGUAUCGCAAUCGCUUCACGAUCAGCCGCCUAAACGAUUAUCAGCGCCGCCGUCUUCCUUAUUUGGCAGUUGCAGAUAGUCGCCGUCGCACCCGCAUCUAUUGUAACUAUGAUGACAGCACCGCCAAACCCAACCCUUCCUCCUCCUCCUCCUCUUCUGGAAUUCAACUUUACGGUCAGAUUGAAAGAUUACUCACGGAAACUGUUAGGCAGUCCCAAGACGGUUCCAAAGACUGGACUGAGGUUGAGGGGGCAUGGGUUCUCAGACCAAGAAGCUCGCCGCCCAAGUUUGUUGUUCAUUUCGUUGGUGGUAUAUUUGUUGGAGCAGCUCCCCAGCUUACCUAUCGUUUAUUUCUUGAGCGCCUUGCAGAAAAGGGUGCUCUGGUAAUCGCGACACCGUAUGCUAGUGGAUUCGACCAUUUCUUUAUUGCAGAUGAAGUUCAGUUUAAAUUUGACAGGUGUUUUCGGGCAUUACAAGAAACGGUACAAGAUCUUCCUACUUUUGGCAUUGGACAUUCAUUGGGAUCCGUCAUCCACCUUUUAAUUGGAUCGCGAUAUGCUGUGCAAAGGUGUGGAAAUGUGUUAAUGGCAUUCAACAACAAGGAGGCUAGCUCAGCUAUUCCUUUGUUCUCACCUGUUCUUGUCCCGAUGGCCCAAGGCAUUGGACCUUUUUUAUCACAGAUCACAUCAUCUUCAACCAUCCGCCUUGGGGCAGAAAUGACUUUCAAGCAACUAGAGAACCUUAGUCCCCCCAUUAUGAAGCAAGUUCUUCCAUUGGUGGAGCAGCUCCCUCCAUUGUACAUGGACUUGGUUAAGGGAAGAGAAGACUUCUCUCCAAAACCAGAGGAAACUCGCCGACUUAUAAAAUCAUACUAUGGCAUUUCUAGAAAUCUUCUGAUAAAGUUCAAAGAUGAUGCAAUUGAUGAAACUUCAACAUUAGCUCAGGUGCUCAGUUCAGAAUCAGCUAUUAGUUCAAUGCUAGAUAUGUCGAUUCGUUUAUUGCCAGGAGAUCAUGGGCUUCCUUUGCAACAGAACCUCCCAGAUGUCCCUCCAGCAAUGGCAGAUGCAGUAAACCGUGGAAGUGAACUUUUGGCGAAUCUGACAGUUGGAACACCGUGGGAAACAGUUGCCAAAGAAGUAGGUAACACAUUGGGUGCAGAUUCGAGCAUUCUUCGUGCAGAAGUGUCCAAGGAUGUUAACCUGCUGGUGGAUGUGAUUACUUUGUGGAUGGCAUCAAGUACAGGUCCAAAACUUCUGAAGCCAUGAUGAAGCGUAGGAAGCUCGAAAGACAAAAUUCUCGAGAUGGCAGUAAAGUCUGUUGUACAUGCAUUAUGUUUAGGCAUCAUUAUAUGCAAUAUCCAAUCUUGAUUAAAAAAAAAAGAACUGUUACCAAUUCAUCUCCUUUUGUUCUUAGUUCUAUAGAAACACAAAAAUUCAUAUAUAAAAGAAAGAUGUAUUUUUGGUCUUA